CGCGAUACUUCCCGUCUCGUGUUACUUUCCCUGACGUGAUCGUGACAUUGGGGGCAGCGCCGGUGAAAAACACCGGAAUUUACCGGAGAGCUUCACUUAGACUCAGAAAACCGGAGUCACGAACAUCACUGAUGACAUCGAAGCCCAGAGUCCACGGAAAAGUUGGCCGCAUGGCGGUGGCGAGUGGUCUGAAGCAAUGUCAGCAGGCUCAGGAUCAGCUGGAGGACGCCAUCAGCAGCGUCACGAGGGCCGAGCAACAGCUGAGGGAGAACGCCCGGGAGGUGCGUUUGGAGCUGCAGAGCUGUGUGAGUCGCCAGCAGGAGGCGCUUCGCUGCAGAGAGGUUUGGCUUCUGGGCCAGAUCGAACUCCUGGAACAAGUCAAGACUGAGACUCUGCAGCAGCAGCUCCUGCAGCUUCACCGGGUCAGAGGUCAGUUUGACGUGAUUGAACAUCAGCUGCAGAACUGCAACAGCAACGACCUGAACAACCAGCUGAAGAGCUGCAUGGAGAAACUGUCCUCUCUGAGCCUGACUCCAGAGGAAACCCCUGAGAUGAGUUUCCAUGCCGACACCCGUUCUCUGAGACAGGCCAUCACCUCGUUUGGCAGUGUCGCGGCUCAGGUGAGCCCCGCCCAGUCAUCCCAGAGCCCCACCCAGUCAUUCCAGAGCCCCACCCACCAGACAGCUCAGAACCAGGUAAGUGAGAAACGCCUCUGUCUAGUCCAGUUCUGGUUCACGUCCUGGUUCUGUCCCGUGCAUCUCAGUGUCUCUGUGUCUCUGCAGAAGACGGACAUGUCCUCUCUGGGGGACUGGCUGCUGGGACCCCGUCCAGCCAAUAGUGACUCACCUCCAGGCUUCCAGUCCAGUACGAACCCCCAGGACUGGCUUCUGGCCCACCAGGAGACCAAGACUUCCUGUCCCAUCUUAGCCCAGAUGGACUUCCUGCAGGCCUGGGGUCAGCUCAGGGAUCUGGAGGCGUGGCUACUCCAGGCGCCGGGGGGGCGGGAGAGGACCGACAGCAGCAGCUCCUCCUUCUCCAUCGAGAAGAUCGACGAGUCAGAAUUCACCUCCGGCUUGGAGGAGGACGAGGAGGAGCUGAGCGACUGGCUCCUGACCCCACCCACCGUUGCCAUGGAGACCAUGACAGACGGUGAGCGGUGGCAUCAGGUCCUGAAACCCUUCGAGUCCUCGUGGGCGUCCAGCGAGUGGCUGUCCGAGUCCAGCCGCCUGGCGUCCGACUGCUCCUCCUGCCGUCAGAGCGCACGGCCACUGGAGAUUGAGAACCUGGGUCAGCUCAAGUGCCUGAAAACCCCGCCUUCCUCAGGCCCCGCCUCCCCUGGCCCCCUGGAGGCGUGGCUACAGCAGGCGGUGCCGGUGCCUCAGACCUGCAAAGCCAAUGAGCUCUGUUCCACCUACUCCCACUGUGUCUCUGAGGAGAACUGUGGGAAGGAGGCGCUGAGCCGCUGGCUCCUCCUCCAGGACGGGCGGGACAAGAACGGAGUCGCCAAGACCACCAAGACCGGACCCUUCCUCAGGGACCAGGACCAGAAGGUUCAGGCCAUCCUAGAGGCCUGGCUCCACCCCAGCACCACCUCCUCCUGCUCCUCCUGGGUGGCUCCUGAUGAGGAGAAGGGCAGCAGGGAGAACCAGAACUUCUCCUCGUCGUCUUCUCCUUUCCAGUGUCCUAUGGAACCAAACAUGUGGGUUCUCAGAGAGAAGACUUCUGGUCCUCCUGGUCCAGCUGGAUUUCCUCCUGGUCCUCCUAGUCCUCCUGGUCCAGCUGAAGAGGAAGACAAGUGGCUGCUGAAGAAGAGGAAUCAGGUCCAGGUCCAGGAGCGGUUGGCGAUGCCCACAAUGUGCGACCUGUUCUCGUGUUUGAAGGUGGGAGGAGACAAAGACAAAUGGCUUCACAGGACACCUGUCCAGAUGUGACGGUGACGACAUUGUUGGCUCCUCCUCUUUUUGCUGAUCAUCUAACCAUUUGCUGCCUGCUCCUUCUUCCUGUGACAUCAUCACUCUGAGAUGCUUCUGUCGACCAAUCAGGAUCCAGGAAGAGGAAAUGUGUUAAUCACUAACUAAUCACUGCGUGUGGUGAUGUUUAGGGGCGGGGCUACAGAUAUAAGUGGAUGUGGUUAUAUAUAAGUGGGCGGGACUAAUCUUAAACACAAAGCUAUUUUAAUGGAUCUUAUUGUAAGUUUUAUCUGAUUGUAUUUUUUUUUCUGAGACUAUGCCUCAGAGGCUGACUUCCUGUCCAGACCGCAGGUUUCCCAGAAUGCCUUGUUCCCAACAGCCUGCGGUCUGGACAUGUGGCGGCCAUGCUUUAUGAUGUCAUCAGUUCUUCUGCUGUGAUUCUCUACAGUAAUAAAACACACUGACAUCA